AUGGGCCCUCCGUGCCGCAGCCUCUCUGCGCUCCUGCUGCUGCUGCAGGUCUCAUCGUGGCUCUGCCAGGAGCCGGAGCUCUGCAAUCCCGGCUUUGGCGCCGAGAGCUACACGUUCACCGUGCCCCGGCUGCACUUAGAGAGAGGCCGAGUCCUGGGCAGAGUGAGUUUUGAAGGAUGCACCGGUCUACCAAAGACAGUCUAUGUUUCUGAUGACACCCGAUUCAAAGUGGGCACAGAUGGCGUGGUUACAGUCAAACGGCCUUUACACCUUCAUCAUCCAGAGAUGAGUUUUCUUGUCCAUGCCUGGGACUCCACCCGCAGGAAGCUCUCCACCAAAGUGACCCUGAAGGCAGUAGUGCACCACCAUCACCACCACCAUCAUCGUCACUCUCCCUCUGGAACCCAGACAGAAGUGCUCACAUUUCCCAGCUCCCACCAUGGUCUCAGGAGACAGAAGAGAGACUGGGUUAUUCCUCCUAUCAGCUGCCCAGAAAAUGAGAAAGGCCCAUUUCCUAAGGCUCUGGUUCAGAUCAAAUCUAACAGGGAAAAAGAAACCAAAGUUUUCUACAGCAUCACUGGCCAAGGAGCCGACAAACCUCCUCUUCAUGUGUUUAUCAUUGAAAGAGAAACAGGAUGGCUAAAGGUGACGGAGCCUCUGGAUAGAGAAGCUAUUGCCAAGUACAUUCUCUUCUCUCAUGCUGUGUCUUCAAACGGGGAAGCAAUCGAGGAACCGAUGGAGAUUGUGAUCACCGUGACUGAUCAGAAUGACAACAAGCCUGAGUUCACCCAGGAGGUCUUCAAGGGGUCUGUCAUGGAGGGCGCUCUUCCAGGGACCUCUGUGAUGGAGGUCUCAGCCACAGAUGCAGACGAUGAUGUGAACACCUACAACGCUGCCAUUGCUUACACCAUCCUCAGCCAAGAGCCUAUGCUGCCGCAUGACAAAAUGUUCACCAUCAACGAUAUAACGGGUGUCAUCAGUGUGCUCACCACCGGGCUGGACCGGGAGAGUUUUCCCACGUAUACCCUGGUAGUUCAAGCUGCAGACCUGCAAGGUGAGGGCUUAAGCACGACCGCAAAAGCUGUGAUCACAGUCACUGACACCAACGAUAACCCUCCGAUCUUCAACCCAACCACGUACGUGGGGUUGGUGCCUGAGAACGAGGCUGACGUGGUCAUCACCACACUUACAGUGACCGAUGCCGACGUCCCCAAUACCCCAGCGUGGGAGGCAGUUUACACAGUAUUAAAUGAUAACGAGAAGCAGUUUGUUGUCAUCACAGACCCAGUAACCAAUGAAGGCAUUUUGAAGACGGCUAAGGGCUUGGAUUUUGAGGCCAAGCAGCAGUAUAUCCUGCAUGUGGCAGUGACUAAUGUGGCCCCCUUUGAGGUCACUCUCUCCACUUCCACAGCCACUGUCACCGUGGAUGUGGUAGAUGUGAAUGAAGCCCCCAUCUUCAUGCCUCCUCAGAAGAAAGUGAAAGUGCCCGAGGACUUCGGCUUGGGCCUGGAGAUCACGUCCUACACUGCCCAGGAGCCAGACAGAUUUAUGGAACAGAAGAUCACGUAUCGGAUUUGGAGGGACGCUGCCAACUGGCUGGAGAUUAAUUCGGACACGGGUGCCAUUUUCACUCGGGCUGAGUUGGACAGAGAGAAUGUCGAGCAUGUGAAGAACAGCACAUACACGGCCCUCAUUAUAGCCACUGACAAUGGUUCUCCACCUGCUACUGGAACAGGAACCCUGCUCCUAUUCCUCGAUGACGUGAAUGACAAUGGCCCCGUACCAGAACCUCGGGUCAUGGACUUCUGCCAGAGGGAUCCACAACCUCACAUCAUCAACAUCAUUGAUCCUGAUCUUCCCCCCAACACUUUUCCCUUCACGGCAGAACUAACACAUGGGGCAAGUGUCAACUGGACCAUUGAGUACAAUGACCAAGAACAUGAAUCUCUGAUUUUUAAGCCAAAGAAAACCCUAGAGGUGGGUGACUACAAAAUCAAUCUCAAGCUCAUAGACAACCAGAACAAAGACCAAGUGACCACCUUAGAUGUGCACGUGUGUGACUGUGAAGGGGUCGUCAUCAACUGUAGGAAGGCCGGGCCUCUCACCGAAGCAGGAUUGCAAGUUCCCGCCAUUCUGGGGAUUCUUGGAGGCAUUCUUGCUUUUCUAAUCCUGAUUCUGCUGAUUCUGCUACUUAUUCGGAGGAGAAGGGUAGUCAAAGAGCCCUUACUGCCCCCAGAAGAAGACACCCGGGACAACAUUUAUUACUAUGAUGAAGAAGGAGGUGGAGAAGAAGACCAGGACUAUGACCUGAGCCAGCUACACAGGGGCCUGGAUGCUCGGCCCGAAGUGACUCGCAAUGAUGUGGCACCAACCCUCCUGAGUGUGCCCCACUAUCGACCCCGACCUGCCAAUCCUGAUGAAAUUGGAAACUUUAUUGAUGAAAACCUGAAGGCAGCUGAUAGUGACCCCACCGCCCCACCCUAUGACUCUCUGCUGGUGUUUGAUUAUGAAGGAAGCGGCUCCGAAGCUGCUAGUCUGAGCUCCCUGAAUUCCUCAGAGUCAGACCAAGACCAGGACUAUGACUACCUGAACGAAUGGGGCAGUCGCUUCAAGAAGCUGGCGGACAUGUAUGGAGGCGGCGAGGACGACUAA